AAAAGCCCAAAAGGAGAUCAGAUUUGGGUAAAUAAAUUUACGCUUAGAGUAAGAAAAUCACGGCCCACUCAGAAAAUCCACUUGACAGUUGACGACACUUCAUAGUUGAGAGAGAAAGAGACACCGAAGCAAAGCUUAUGCUUUACCUUGUAAUCUGCUACUUAUGAAUCCUGAUGCGGAAUCAAGAAACACACAAGAUUAUGUGUAGAGACUUUUUUUGCUUGUAGGUUCUCAUUGCUUUACUGAAGCCAUAAUGAGUAAGAGAAAUACUUAAUAGUGCAAGUUGCUUUUAUGGAGGCUUCUGCACCAAGUAGGAUUGGUGACCGAUCAACCAGCGAUGUUGUUGUAAGGUUACGAACACGGGAAGGCCGAGAUGAUUGGUUUUAUUGUCAUUCUCACAUCCUGGUAGAGAAGAGCAAGUAUUUUGCUGACCGUCUUUCUGAGAAUUGGCCAACUUGCCAGAUCAUUGACUCACGGAAUUGCGUUGAAGUUUACUGUGAAGAAUCAGAUUUUGAUCACUUUGUCAAUUUUAUUCGCCUUCUAUAUGUUGCCAUAGAUGGCUCAUCAGAUGACUUUUGGCAUGGCGUGAAGAAUGCCCUUGGUAUUCUGCAGGUGGCUGUUGAACUUGGAUGUCCCCAAAUUGUUACUGGUUGUGUGAAUUACUUGGAAGCAGUCCCUUGGGAAGAAGCUGACGAGGAGGAGAUUCUAAGGGUUGUUCCAGGCAUGGGAUCUCAAGCAGAGCCAAUUCUUGCCCGUCUCCAACCUGUUAAUCCCUCAACUAUAAGGAGGGUUUUUUUUUCAGCUGUUCAAUUUGCUACAUCAUCACCUCCUUCAUCCAUGAAUAAUCUUAAAACUUCAGCUCAAGAGCAGCUGGAGUACAUGCUUACUGAAGAUGAUGAUGCCCCUCUAUUAACUGCUGAUGAUGAGGUCAAAUCUGUUGUAAAAAAUUGUGUCAAAGGACUCUUUUCCAGAUUUAACAACCUAUUGGACACUUUCUUAUUUCAACCUGUAGAAUCAGUUUCUGAAUCAGGGAAAAUGCAAUCAUUUCAACAUCAUUUAUCAGAUAUUUCAUGGGCCUGUCAGAUUUUAAGCAAGUUGGAAAUCAUGUCUGAAUUUGUCAACAGUUGGGUAGAUGCAUCAGAUAAGAUACUUCAAGUUGUCAAGCAUGCUAGUUCAACCGGUGAAGUAAUUGAGACAAAGUUGAAAGUUAUCGAGGUGACAUCAAAGAUUUUAGAAGCAAUAGGGUAUGGUACUGUUAUUUUGCCUACUGCAAAGCGGCUUCACAUGGUAAAAACUUGGCUUCCUUUUGUGAGGGUUUCAAAACCAUUAAUUGAUUCUGUGACAACUAAUGAUGAUGAAGCAAUGGAGCUUAAGAUUGAUGGUGAGCUGUGGCAGUCCUUGGAAUCUGCAUUUGUUUCAAUAGUUCUUGCAUUGCCUUCAGGAGACCAGGCGGAGAUUUUGACUGAAUGGUUGGGGAAUGAACAUGUUCACUAUCCAGACUUUUCUGAGGCAUUUGAGGUUUGGUGUUACAGGACCAAAAUUGCCAAGAGAAGACUAGCAGAUAUUAAGGAAAACCAUGGUAUGGAAAACACACUUUGAUAACGUCAUGUAACCUAUUUUGUAUUGUUUCACUAGGCAUAGUCAAAUUUUGCUUAACCUAGUGUUAAGAAUUCAUUAGUUUCCUUUCAUCUGCAUAUAUCAGAGGUUGUAUAGAAAGAAAUGUUCAUGAGAACAAGAGGUGUAGGUGCUAUGAUUCUUAGCUUACUUUUCAAAAUAUGAAAUUGGAUGCUAGGUUUUUGUACGUUCUACAGUGUUAGGAACCAUUUGAUUGUAAAAACUGUAAUUGUGAAUAUUUCUAAAUUCUAGAACAACUGAAUUUGAGAUGUAUAGUUGUGUAACCAUUCCUUCAAAAAAAAAAGCUGUGAAAUCUUUCUGUAC